CUGGAUCAGUACCUCAAGGACAAGCCAGUGAAAAGUGAGCAUACAGAGGAAGUUGUUGUUCAGGAGAAUUUUCAGCAAGUUAUUCACACCAAAAUACAUCAGUCUUCGAGUGCUGAUAUGGAGGAUGAGAUAGGUGCACAGAUGCAUGACCAGACACAGAUUGAUGUGGCUGAAGUAAAAGAACUAACACCAUGUUCUAUAUCUGAGACUCAAUUUGAAGAAACAUGCAUUGAGAGAAAUUUAGAACAACCAAAGUCUACAAGUGAGAAGAAUAUGUCAGGCAUGGUAUCACAUCUUAGCAGUGACCUAGUUCAACAUUUGUCAAAAAUGCCAGUGAAAAUACAAUGCAAGCCACAGGAAGAGCUAGUCCAUGAGAGGUUUCAGCAAGUCAUAUUGACACCUGAUAAUUUGGAGGGCAAAAUAGAGGGAGAGUCAAAUGAAGAGCUUCAAAAAGAUGUAAUUGGAGACAGAGAAUCAGCUUUGGAAACUUCAUUCCAAGAAGUUUACAUAGAGAGAAAGGCACACCACCAGCCAUCUACAUCUGAGAAAAAUACGUCUGGCAUGUUGUCACUUCUUAGUCAUGACUUAGAUCAACAUCUUCAGGAAAAGUCUGUGGCAGUGCAACCUGAACCAGAAGAACAUCUAGUCCACGAGAGAUGUGAACAAAUUAUAUUGUCAAGUAGUGAUUUACAGGACAAAAUAGAUGGUGAGGCAAAUGAAAACCUGCACACUGAUGUAAUUAGAGAGCAAGAACUCAUGCCAACUUUGGCAAGUGAGACUCCAUUACAGGAAGUUUGCCUUGAAAAAAAGGUACAAUAUCAACAGUCAUAUGAUCCAUCUACAAAACCAAAGGAGAUGUCGGGCAUGCUAUCCCUGCUGAACAGUGACCUGGAUCAGUACCUCAAGGACAAGCCAGUGAAAAGUGAGCAUACAGAGGAAGUUGUUGUUCAGGAGAAUUUUCAGCAAGUUAUUCACACCAAAAUGCAUCAGUCUUCGAGUGCUGAUAUGGAGGAUGAGAUAGGUGCACAGAUACAUGACCAGACACAGAUUGAUGUGGCUGAAGUAAAAGAAUUAACACCAUGUUCUAUAUCUGAGACUCAAUUUGAAGAAACAUGCAUUGAGAGAAAUUUAGAACAUCCAAAGUCUACAAGUGAGAAGAAUAUGUCAGGCAUGGUAUCACAUCUUAGCAGUGACCUAGUUCAACAUUCGUCAAAAAUGCCAGUGAAAAUACAAUGCAAGCCACAGGAAGAGCUAGUCCAUGAGAGGUUUCAGCAAGUCAUAUUGACACCUGAUAAUUUGGAGGGCAAAAUAGAGGGAGAGUCAAAUGAAGAGCUUCAAAAAGAUGUAAUUGGAGACAGAGAAUCAGCUUUGGAAACUUCAUUCCAAGAAAUUUACAUAGAGAGAAAGGCGCACCACCAGCCAUCUACAUCUGAGAAAAAUACAUCUGGCAUGUUGUCACUUCUUAGUCAUGACUUAGAUCAACAUCUUCAGGAAAAGUCUGUGCCAGUGCAAUCUGAACCAGAAGAACAUCUAGUCCACGAGAGAUGUGAACAAAUUAUAUUGUCAAGUAGUGAUUUACAGGACGAAAUAGAUGGUGAGGCAAAUGAAAACCUGCACACUGAUGUAAUUAGAGAGCAAGAACUCAUGCCAACUUUGGCAAGUGAGACUCCAUUACAGGAAGUUUGCCUUGAAAAAAUGGUACAAUAUCAACAGUCAUAUGAUCCAUCUACAAAACCAAAGGAGAUGUCGGGCAUGCUAUCCCUGCUGAACAGUGACUUGGAUCAGUACCUCAAGGACAAGCCAGUGAAAAGUGAGCAUACAGAGGAAGUUGUUGUUCAGGAGAAUUUUCAGCAAGUUAUUCACACCAAAAUACAUCAGUCUUCGAGUGCUGAUAUGGAGGAUGAGAUAGGUGCACAGAUGCAUGACCAGACACAGAUUGAUGUGGCUGAAGUAAAAGAAUUAACACCAUGUUCUAUAUCUGAGACUCAAUUUGAAGAAACAUGCAUUGAGAGAAAUUUAGAACAUCCAAAGUCUACAAGUGAGAAGAAUAUGUCAGGCAUGGUAUCACAUCUUAGCAGUGACCUAGUUCAACAUUUGUCAAAAAUGCCAGUGAAAAUACAAUGCAAGCCACAGGAAGAGCUAGUCCAUGAGAGGUUUCAGCAAGUCAUAUUGACACCUGAUAAUUUGGAGGGCAAAAUAGAAGGGGAGUCAAAUGAAGAGCUUCAGACAGAUGUAACUGGAGACAGAGAAUCAGCUUUGGAAACUCCAUUCCAAGAAGUUUACAUAGAGACAAAGGCGCACCACCAGCAAUCUACAUCUGAAAAAAAUAUGUCUGGCAUGUUGUCACUUCUUAGUCAUGAUUUAGAUCAGCAUCUUCAGGAAAAGUCUGUGGUAGUGCAAUCUGAACCAGAAGAGGUUGUAGUCCAUGAGAGAUGUGAACAAACUACUGUGAAAAGCAAUGAUUUACAGGUCAAAAUAGCAGAAGAGGAAAACGAAGAGUUGCAGACUGAAGUAAUGGGAGACAGAGAAAUACCAAGUUCAGUGGUGGAAACUCCAUUCCAAGAAAUUUGCAUAGAGAGAAAGGCGCACCACCAGCCAUCUACAACUGGGAAAAAUAUGUCUGGCAUGCUAUCACUUCUUAGUCAUGACUUAGAUCAGCAUCUUCAGGAAAAGUCAGCAGUAGUGGAAUAUGAACCAGAAGAUGAACUAGUCCAUGAGAGCUACAAGCAAGUUAUAGCAAUAAAGGAUUUCAAACAAGAAACUCAUGCCUUAUCUCCUGAACAUAAAAUGAUGUCCCCAGCAGAUACAAUUUUUGACAGCCUGGAUAUCACUAAAAAACAACCUUUGGAAAGUGGUUGGCACACAUGUUCUAAAGAAGAUGAAGGCCUAAAGAGUUUUUCAUCUGAAGAAAUUAAAACCUUAACAACGGAAUGGAUGGUGGAUGGGAAGUCAUAUGCACAUGACUAUCAAAGUGAACAUGAAGAUGUUAGUGUUGCUGUCUCUGAUUCUGUUCUCAGAACACAUCUUUUUCAAGUACCAAGUAGUUUUAACACACUACAGCGACCGGCUGAUUUAGAAAAUCUAAACACUGUUGUAUUUGAUGACCCAGCUAAUGAGUCAUGUCAUCGAGAUUCACUAGAAGCUAGCCCUCUUGUGGAGGAUAAAUCGUCACAGAAAUCCCCUGAUUCAAUUGAACCAAGCCCUACCAAAGAAUCUCCUUGUCCAGACUCUCUUGAAGGAAGUCCUACUCAGUCAAGCAAUGCAGAAGUGAAGAUCCCAGCAACGACUGCUGUAUAUGAAGAUUAUGCUUCCCAGCUCAGAGCAUGUUUUGCUUAUGACAAAAAUAUUUACUCAGAUGAAUGUGAGCAUGUUGAACGUGAUAACAAUCUUGAGACAACUGAAAUACACAGUGAAAAUAAAGAAGACAAAUAUUCUGAAUCCACAAAGAGAGUCGCUCAUGGUGAGAGUCUUCACAUGUUCGUCCGGCAAGACUGUUUUGACACAGAAGAAAGGGCGGUUGAUGGCACCAAUAAACAGUUAACACCAGAAGAGGAGAUGUUUAAAAUGGCUGCAAAGAUCAAAACAUUUGAGGAGAUGGAACAGGAGUCUAAACUGCAGAGAGAAAAAUCUUUUGAUGCUAUUGUACUAUCAGAAACAAAUGGUCAGGAAAAUGGUGAGGUUGAUCUUAAAUCUGGCCCGGUUUCACAGUCUGUCCCACAAGAUACAAUAGAGAAAAUAACAGAGAAAUACGUGACAGAAAGCAUUCACACACUUACGGAGGCACCGAAUAUUGCUUUUAAUAAGAAAGAAGAAAUUCAGUCACAUCCUAAAAGUACUCACUCAGUUGACAGCUCACUGUGUUUAACUGCAACUCCAGAUGAACCUGAUCAAGAAUGUGAGUACUCUGUGCCACACAAAGAUAAAGACACUAUUGGAGGUGUAGUCACUGACAUUCCUUUUUCUGGAUCAGAUGAACAUCAUUUAAAUGAUGACAAAGAAGUUGGAUCACCAUUUACAAUCGGUUCAGCUUCAGUCAGCCAACCUCAGACUACAGUGUGUACUAAAGAAGAAGAAUUUGUUGUAGAGUGUGAGGGUCUUUGCAUUUCAGAGGACAGAAAAACACCAGAUAAAACACCAAGUGAUGAAAAAACCCCUGAUCCAUUUCAGUUUCAAGAGGGAAAGCUAUUUGAAAUGACCAGAGGUGGAGCUAUUGACAUGACAAGAAGCUUUGAUGAAGAAAGGGAAGCACAUGCCUUUUUUCAUAUUGGGGAACAUCCAGUUGAUGAAGUUGUCCCAGAAGAGACUGAACAUUCUCAAUCAAAGUCUUUAACUUUACAGAUGAGUGAUUAUGUCUCAGAUGUAACCCAUCAGGAAACCCCAAAUUCAUAUUUGACUCAGGGUACCAGUGACAAAGCAUCUAGUCCCAAUUCUGAAACUGUCAUCAUAGCUACAAGUGGAAAAUCACAACUUGAGAAGCCACUUACUAAAGUUGAAAGUGCCAGCUCUAGCUCUGCUUUAGACAAUAAAAGCCUUGAAAGUCUCGGUCUAAGCUAUCUAGACUCUACCAUAGCCGAUCUUCAAUCAGACAUAUCCACAGUCGCUCAUUCAUUCUACUCAGACCAGAGCCAUGAUUUCUCAGACUCCUCCCCUGAUGAUGAUGAUGAUGAUGAUGUUGAGGAGGAAGAAGACCAGCGCUCAGUCAUAGAGAUGGCUUUUUCAUCUGGUCAGCCUAGCAUGCCAGGAUAUAAUCAGGACUCACCUGCACCUUUGACAAAACCAGCCACGGCAGUUAAGGGAGAUGGUCAUUAUAAAAAAGCCAAGAAAGACACACAGAUAUCUCAAGUUCAAGGAGAAGAAGAAAAAAGGUCCACCUUAGCCCGUAGAACUAGAUCUGAGGCUAGUGACAUAAAUAAAUCUUCUAUUAAAGACAGCAGGAGUUAUUCUGACGGUAGUCAGCCCACUAAUACAACUGACCUUUCCCCUUCCAAACUUACUGUAAUGACGCAAGAAAAAGCUUUACCUCAUAUGAUCUCGACAUGCUCUUCUCCAAGGAAAGACAGCCAACUGUCCAAGACUAUAGAAACAUCUGUUAGGCUUUCUUUGGAUACCGAUGAUAUAAGUAGCGGUAGUCACAAGAGCCCAGAUUCUGUUAUCUUCACAUAUGACAUUCCUGCUUCGCAUAGUUCAGGUUCUGAUGGCAGUAGAGUAGAGCCAACAGAGCAUUUGUCUUGUGAGACAGAGGAUGUAUUUGAAUCCAGGCCUGCCUGGAAUGAAACAGUGGAAACUCAGAUGCAGAGAAUCAUCGAUGACCAAACUUCAGAAUGUACGGCAGUCGAUUGGCAGGAAGAUGCUGACAGGAAAGAGGAGACAUUAGCUAUCAUUUCAGAUCUUCUUGGCUUCAGCUGGACUGAACUUGCAAGAGAACUGGAAUUCAGUGAAGAUGAUAUUCAGCUAGUGAGAACAGAGAAUCCUAAUUCCCUCCAAGAGCAGAGCCAUGCUUUACUGCAGCGCUGGGUUGAACGUGAGGGCAAACAUGCCACAGAGGACUGUCUGAUUAAGAGGCUGACUAAGAUCAACCGCAUGGACAUUGUCCAUCUUAUUGAAACCCAGAUGAACAAGUCAGUUCAAGAGCAAACAUCUAGAACUUAUGCAGAGAUAGAGAAGACACUGGAUCACAGUGAAGUGUCAGUAGCCUUAUCUUCAGUCCAAGAGGAUGCAGACAGCCCCAGAGUUGUGAGAAAAGUGGAGUCAGAUCGCAGACCACCCCCAGCUGUUUCAGAAGAGGACCUCUCAGUCGCUUCACUACUGGAUAUUCCUUCAUGGGCAGAGCCUGUUGGACAGAUCCACUCAGAGAGCAUGCAUGGUGACCUAUUGGAGGAGCUUGAGAUCCCGCAUGAGUUAAAUCCUAACUUGUGGACCUCUGAGGAUGUAAUUACACGUGAAUCAAGUCAAGACAACUUAGAUGAGCAAGCUGAUGAAAUGCCAGACCUCCCUGCCCAGUCGGUAUCAGAAGAAAGGUACAAGGAUGAAAAUGGACACAUAGUUGUCAAAAAGGUUACCCGUAAAAUUAUACGGAAGUGUGUUUCCGCGGAUGGUGCGGAGCAUGAAGAGAUGACCCUAGAAGGGGCUCCUCAGGGGUUUGUCCCUGCAGCGGAGGGAGAUGGCUACUCUAAGGUUGUGAAGCGGACAGUCGUGAAAAGUGAGGGAGACCACACCGAGGUGACUUUUACCGAACGUGAGCAUUCGUCAUCUUUAAGGCAGGAGACGGCUUAUGAACGCAAGAUCAGUCACACGGAAAGGACAACAGUGGUGGAGGGUGAAAGGACAGUGACACACCAUGGUGAUCAGUCUUUGACCUCUGAUCUCCCUACAGCCCAGGACGACUUCAAAGAGGCAUUUGGUUAUUUGAGUGGUUUUAGCGGAACAGAGCUCCCUCAUGUGGUAGAAAGAGAGACUAUCAAAGAGGAUGGAACAGUGGUCAGGAGGGCCCAUCUGCGUAAGGGUUGCACUCUCAUACAAACAGUGGUUGAGGGAGCUGGGCAGCACAAACAGGUCAUUCAAGAGAAAGUGGACCACCCAAGAAAAGGAUCGAAAACCCGUGAUCUCCAACAGCAUCUCCACCAGCUCUUUCACCGCUACUACGAAGAAGAAAAGAACAAUGACGAUGAGGAAGGAAGAGUAAAUGAUUGAGUAACACUCUGCCCAACUCCCUGGUUGUGCCCAUGCUAAAAUCCCUGCUAGUCCUAUGCAUUAGUCACAUGCAAUCCUAGUGUGCACAAACACACCUCAAAGCUACCAGUCUUCCCCUUUAGGACCUGGAAGAUGAUUUUUAGUUCCUGAUUAGGAGUUUUUUUUUUCCCUGUGUGGUGUUAAAGUAUUUCUAAGUUUCUGUAUUUUAUUUUUUAUUUUUAUUUUUUUGCCUUUUGUGACCAAAGAAAGCCUUUUGUUGAUCUCCUGAUUGUUUUACUUUCCGAUUCAAGUUGUCUGAUAGGUUUGUCUUAUCCUGUGGUAGAGCAACAGAACACUCAAAGAAAACAGAGCGACACUGUCCCCAUCAAAUAACUCACAAACCUCCAGAAGAUAAAGUACAUUUUACCUAAAAACACUGGUACUGCUCUUGGAGUAGGUGCUUGGACUGAAAGACGAUAUUUCACAUUGCACUGCCUCUCACAACUUUCACAGAUAAUCCUUUAUGAAAAAAAAAAACAACUUCUCACUCACUGUACUAGCCUCUGCUUUUUUGAUUCAGAUGGUCAAGAUGUCACAAACAGAAAAUCAGACUGUACUGACACUGAAUUUAACUGCUGCUGUUGUGUUUCGUGUUGACUAUGUGUACUCUGUCUUUGGGAAUUAUAUAUUCUAUUUAAUCUCAACAUUACUGACAUCUGUAGCCUAGGAAUGAAUAAUCACUCAUGUGAACUUAACAGGCAUGACUAAUCAACAUCUGUCAGUUUGAUCCUAGCUUUGACUGCUUUGUCGUUGUGUGGAUUGCCCUUCUGCCUUUCUUUACCUUGUGUGUGUGUCUUUCAUUCUUUAUUAUUAUGUUUCAACUAAACAUUGUUGACCUCCACUUUUAAAGUAUGGAUGUGAUGAGUGCAUGUGUGACUGUAUGUGCUUUAGGUUUGAUUUUGUCUGUGCAUUUGAUGAGUUAAAUACCACACUGAACGCUGGUCAAAAGUUUCUGUAGGUGAUUUUAACUUGUUAUUUAAGUUAUUUAAUUUAAUAAUUCAGCCCCUCAGGAUUUGGCACUGGGGAAUGGAAUAAUCCCAGUUUUCUAAUAUUACAUUUGUGGUAAGAUGACGAUACACUAACUGUUUUAUUUAUGUAAAGAUUUGUUAGUUUAUCUUUUGAAUCCGAUUGUUGAAGUAGAUAAAGGCAGUUUUGUGUUAUGUGUGUGAGUGAAUGAUUCGGCGUGUGUAGUUAAAGAGUGUGUAGCAGUUUCUGUCAGCAAAGAAAAGAAAUGUUUAUUUUACACAAUUAGCAUUUGCACUCCUGAAUGUCAGAAGAGGACACCUCCAUGCUUUCUGUGCACUACAAUACAAGGUACAGAAUAUAUCAGCCACAGGGAUAGUCUCAUUGUGGAGGGAUUGCUGUAACAAAGCAGGUUGAGAGCUUAAAUAUAUGAUUAUCCACAGCUCGGAGCAUCGCUACUGUUUGUAUUUACAACAUGCAAUGUAUUUACUCUCACUCUCACUGUUUAUUUUGUGAUUUAGAGAAAAAAAAUGCAAAUUAGUGGAGAUUCACUGUGACAGAUAUGCUUUUAAUUUGAAGACUCAGCAUCCCUUCUCUGUGAUGAUGACCCGUAUAUACAUAUACAAUGCAUAUAUAAAUAAAUAUCUAUAAAGGCAUGUAUUACUGUAUCAAAAUUCAAAAAUGCAGAAAAGAAAAUGGCUGCAGUGUAUCUAUAGCUGAGAAUAAAAAUCUA